CGUAUUAGACGGAAGCCGAGCGGGUCCAUUCUUCGUGGGUUUGCGGACCCACCAGCAAAGGCGAACGGUGUCGCAGGGACAUCUUCUGGCUGUUUCCGUCGCCUGCGUGGCCCUCUCACCCCGGUCUUCCAUUAGAGGCGCAGACGUUUGGGCCUAAGUGCUGGGCGAAGCGACGCCCUGCCCCUCCCCACCAACGGCCAUUCUCUGGACCUAUCUUUCUUCCGGGAGGCGGUGACAGCCGCUGGGACGUGUUGCAGCCGGAGUCUCUCCCCUGUAAUGCGCUCCCGUUAGUGCUUUCCCCCCCUGGAAAAUCGUGGCUUCUGUAUUAUUUGCCAUCUUUCCUGUGUAGGAGCAGGGAGGGCUUCCUCCCAGGGUCCUAGGCGGCGGUACAGCCCGUCGUAGAAGAAUUAGAGUAGAAGUUGUUGGGUCCUUUCUGAGGACUCAGCCGCCUCAUGGGGGUCCAGGGGCUCUGGAAGCUGCUGGAGUGCUCUGGGCGUCAGGUCAGCCCCGAGGCACUGGAAGGGAAGAUCCUGGCUGUUGAUAUUAGCAUUUGGUUAAACCAAGCACUUAAAGGAGUCCGGGAUCACCACGGGAACACAAUAGAAAAUGCUCAUCUUCUCACUUUGUUUCAUCGGCUCUGCAAACUCUUAUUUUUUCGAAUUCGUCCUGUUUUUGUGUUUGAUGGGGAUGCUCCACUAUUGAAGAAACAGACUUUGGCGAAGAGAAGGCAGAGAAAGGACUUAGCGUCCAGUGACUCCAGGAAAACGACAGAGAAGCUUCUGAAAACAUUUUUGAAAAGACAAGCCAUCAAGACUGCCUUUAAAAGCAAAAGAGAUGAAGCACUACCCAGUCUUACGCAGGUUCGAAGAGAAAACGACAUGUAUGUUUUGCCUCCUUUACAAGAGGAAGAAAAACACAGUUCAGAAGAGGAAGAUGAAAAACAAUGGCAAGAAAGAAUGAAUCAAAAACAAGCAUUACAGGAAGAGUUCUUUCAUAAUCCUCAAGCGAUAGAUAUUGAGUCUGAGGAGUUCAGCAGCCUGCCCCCUGAAGUAAAGCAUGAAAUCUUGACUGAUAUGAAAGAGUUCACCAAGCGCAGAAGAACAUUAUUUGAAGCAAUGCCAGAGGAGUCCAAUGACUUUUCACAGUACCAACUCAAAGGGUUGCUUAAAAAAAACUAUCUGAACCAGCACAUAGAACAUGUCCAAAAGGAAAUGAAUCAGCAACAUUCAGGACACAUCCGAAGGCAGUAUGAAGAUGAAGGGGGCUUUCUGAAGGAGGUAGAGUCAAGGAGAGUGGUCUCUGAAGACACUUCACAUUACAUCUUGAUAAAAGGUAUUCAAGCUAAGACAGUUGCAGAAGUGGAUUCAGAGUCUCUUCCUUCUUCCAGCAAAAUGCACAGCAUGUCUUUUGACAUGAAGUCAUCUCCAUGUGAAAAACUGAAGACAGAGGAAGAGCCUGAUGCUACCCCUCCUUCUCCAAGAACUUUACUAGCUGUGCAAGCUGCCCUGAUGGGAAGUAGCUCAGAAGAGGAGCUGGACAGUGAGAAUCGAAGGCAGUCCCAUGAGAGGAAUGCACCUGCUGCUGUAGACGAAGGCUCCAUAUCACCCCGGACCCUUUCAGCUAUUCAGAAAGCUCUUGAUGAUGAUGAAGAUGUAAAAGUGUGUGCUGGAGAUGAUGUGCCGAUGGGAGGGCCAGGAGCAGAAGAAAUGCAUAUAAACAGCUCCACUGAGGACAGUGAUGAAGGACUUAAAGUGAGAGAUGGAAAAGGAAUGCUGUUUACUGCAACACUUGCAUCAUCCAGUGUCAACUCUGCAGAGGAGCAUGUAGCCAGCACUAAUGAGGGGAGAGAGUCCACAGACUCAGUUGCAAAAGAACAAAUGUCACUUGUUCACGUGGGGACUGAAGCCUUUCCGAUAAGUGAUGAGUCUAUGGUUAAGGACAGAAAAGAUCGACUGCCUCUGGAGAGUGCAGUGGUUAGACAUAGUGACACACUUGGGCUCCCGAGCGGAAGGGAGCUGACACCGGCACCUCCAACUUGUACAAAUUCUGUGUCAAAGAAUGAAACACAUGCUGAAGUGCUUGAGCAACAGAAAGAACUUUGCCCAUAUGAGAGUAAAUUCGAUUCCUCUGUUCUUUCAAGUGAUGAUGAAACAAAAUGUAAACCAAAUUCUGCUUCUGAAGUCAUUGGCCCUGUCAGUUUGCAAGAAACGAGUAGCAUAGUAAGUGUCCCUUCAGAGGCAGUAAGUAAUGUAGAAAAUGUGGUGUCAUUUAAUGCUAAAGAGCAUGAGAAUUUUCUGGACACCAUCCAAGAACAGCAGACCACUGAAUCUGCAGACCAGGGUUUGAUUUCCAUUCCGAAGGCCGCGGAACCAAUGGAAAUUGACUCAGAAGAAAGUGAAUCUGAUGGAAGUUUCAUUGAAGUGCAAAGUGUGAUUAGUGAUGAGGAACUUCAAGCAGAAUUGUAUGAAACGUCCAAACCUCCCUCAGAACAAGGCGAAGAGGAACUGAUAGGAACUAUGGAGGAAGAAGCCCCUGCUGAGCCCGAGAGCCUCCUGAGGGACAACCCUGAGAGGGAGGACGUGGAUGGUGAGCCACAGGAAGCUGAGAAAGAUGCGGAAGAUUCACUCCAUGAAUGGCAAGAUAUUAAUUUGGAGAAGUUGGAAACUCUGGAGAGCAACCUCCUAGCACAACAGAAUUCACUGAAGGCUCAAAAACAGCAGCAAGAACGAAUCGCUGCUACUGUCACCGGACAGAUGUUCCUGGAAAGCCAGGAACUCCUGCGCCUGUUCGGCAUUCCCUACAUCCAGGCUCCCAUGGAAGCAGAGGCGCAGUGCGCCAUCCUGGACCUGACCGAUCAGACUUCCGGAACCAUCACUGAUGACAGUGAUAUCUGGCUGUUUGGAGCACGGCAUGUCUAUAAAAACUUUUUUAAUAAAAACAAGUUUGUUGAAUAUUAUCAAUAUGUGGACUUUCACAAUCAAUUAGGAUUGGACCGGAAUAAGUUAAUAAAUUUGGCCUAUUUGCUUGGAAGUGAUUAUACCGAAGGAAUACCAACUGUGGGUUGUGUAACUGCCAUGGAAAUUCUCAAUGAAUUCCCUGGGCAUGGCCUGGAACCUCUCCUAAAAUUCUCACCGCAAUUAGUCAUUUCCUACACUAGAUGGCACUCCUGCAUCGAGGCGGGCCCUGGCCCUGACAGCAGGUCUGAGUGGGUUCCUAAUGCUGUACUAGCAAGCUUGUGAAGCAGAGGACCGUGAGCUGCGGGCGUUUUUUCAGGUUCCAUUGAGUACAUGGAUUGGUGAGGAUUAUGUUAGUAACUUUGAUGGCAUUUGUUUUUUCCUAAUUGUAUAACUGUUUCUGGUCAACUGUCACUACAUUACAAACUACCUUCAGCCUUAGUGGCUUCACACAGCAGUAGUCGCUGAUUUUGCUCAUGCCUCUGAAGCUGGCUCAGGCCUCGUGGGGGUGCCUUGUCUCUGUUGCAUGUCGGCUAGGACAGCUCAGCUGGGCUAGGACCCCUUAAGUUAAUGGCUCGCAGGGCUGAUGAGGUGGUGGUGUCAGCCUCGGGGCCUCUCCACCUGGAUGGACACUUUGUGAGCUUGGCUUCCUCACAGCAUGUUGGAGCCAAGAGCAGGAGGUCCAGGGGACAGGAAGUGGCGAGGGCCUCUCCUAGGCCCGGCACAGCUGGGGUCACACUGGUCAGCCACGGUCUCCCUGCUCAAGAGGAGGCCACAUGGACCACCUUCGUGAUGGCAGGAUGCUCCAAGAGUGCGUUACUGUCUUUAUCCCACUGAUUUAGGCUUACAAUGGAAAACAUUGAAAAAUGAAUAAAAUAUAAAGAAGAAAAUGAAUGGCUGUGUUCUUGCGUAGAAUAUUGCCUAGCACACAGCCAAGUAAUAGUUGUUACUGUUAUUUAUUUUAAAUAUCUGUUUACUUUUCUCAUAUAUGUGUUUUUUCCAAAACUGGAAUCCUACUUUAGAGUUAUAUUAUCUCUGUUUUUAUACAUAUUUAUCUGUUUUAUAUACAUAUAUAAAAUAUAUACAGAUAUAUAUGUUUUUAAAGUUUGACAUUUUCUUGGCAUAUUUGCAUUUUAUUAAAUAUUCACAUUUUAUUCAAUAUUUUAUUAAAUAUAUAUAUCUGUUUUUAAAAUUUAACAUUUUCUUGGCAUAUUUACAUUUUAUUAAAUAUUCUUUGAUCCAUUAUUGUAUUUAAUUUGAGGUAGAUAACACAGAUACAUUACCUCCAUUUUACUGCUGAGAAAGAAACCCAGAGAAGUUGUAACUUUUGUGGUAUAAUUAUGAGUGUGGGCGCUAGAGGAAGGCUGUACCAAUUCCAGCUGUGAAAUCUUGAGCCAGUUACUUCUUUUUGAGUUCAGUUUCCCCCUCUGUGAGGUGGGGGUAACGAUAGGACAUGGCUUGUGUCAUGAUUGGGCAUGUGAAAUAUUUAACACAGUGCCAAGCACAGAGGAAGCCUUCCAUAAAUGUUUGCCAUCAUUAAACAGUGUGGCUAAUCAUACUGAAAUUAAUAAAAUAUUCUAUAUAUCAGAUAAUUUGAGUUAGAACUUGAGUUUACACGUUCUAAGUUUAGUUCUUCAUCCAUAGUGCAUGAACUGUAAUGUCUUAUUGCUGUAUAAGUAAUUGUUUCCU